CCUUCGGUGUGAGGGCGAGUGCUGGCUCUUUGACUGUGGGGAGGGAACUCAGACACAGCUGAUGAAAAGCCAGCUUAAAGCAGCAAAGAAUUGGAAACCACCUGAACUGCAAAAGAAUUUAUAACCCGUUCAUUUGGGGCAUCCACUUCCACAUCACAGACGCCAAUUUCUGAAUUGUCCCUUUGGAUUGCCAUGGAGGUUUUAACAUCUUGAGUUGAUGCGCCUUAAGUAAUGGGUUAUCCUGAAUACCACAUGCCUAAUAAUUUUCCUUGCAACAUUAGCCAUUGUUUUUCACUGCCUCCAAAAGAUAAAAAUUUCUCCGGACAUUGGAGACCUAUUUGAUUUAAAAGAAAUAACUUUAACAAAUGGACAAUAUGUCUAUUACAAAUACACCAACAAGUAAUGAUGCCUGUCUGAGCAUUGUACAUAGUUUGAUGUGCCAUAGACAAGGUGGAGAGAGUGAAACAUUUGCAAAGAGAGCAAUUGAAAGUUUGGUAAAGAAGCUGAAGGAGAAAAAAGAUGAACUGGAUUCUUUAAUAACAGCUAUAACUACAAAUGGAGCUCAUCCUAGCAAAUGUGUUACCAUACAGAGAACAUUGGAUGGGAGGCUUCAGGUGGCUGGUCGGAAAGGAUUUCCUCAUGUGAUAUAUGCUCGUCUCUGGAGGUGGCCUGAUCUUCACAAAAAUGAACUCAAACAUGUUAAAUAUUGUCAGUAUGCAUUUGACUUAAAAUGUGAUAGUGUCUGUGUAAAUCCAUAUCACUAUGAACGAGUUGUAUCACCUGGAAUUGAUCUCUCAGGAUUAACACUGCAGAGUAAUGCUCCACCAAGUAUGUUGGUGAAGGAUGAAUAUGUUCAUGACUUUGAAGGACAGCCAUCAUUAUCCACUGAAGGUCAUUCAAUUCAAACCAUCCAGCAUCCACCAAGUAACCGUGCCUCAACAGAGACCUACAGCACCCCAGCUCUGCUAGCGCCGUCUGAAUCUAAUGCCACCAGCACCACCAACUUUCCCAACAUUCCUGUGGCUUCCACAAGUCAGCCUGCCAGUAUACUGGCAGGCAGCCAUAGUGAAGGAUUGUUGCAGAUAGCUUCAGGGCCUCAGCCAGGACAGCAGCAGAAUGGAUUUACUGGUCAGCCAGCUACUUACCAUCAUAACAGCACUACCACCUGGACUGGAAGUAGGACUGCACCAUACACACCUAAUUUGCCUCACCACCAAAACGGCCAUCUUCAGCACCACCCGCCUAUGCCGCCCCAUCCCGGACAUUACUGGCCAGUUCACAAUGAGCUUGCAUUCCAGCCUCCCAUUUCCAAUCAUCCUGCUCCUGAGUAUUGGUGUUCCAUCGCUUAUUUUGAAAUGGAUGUUCAAGUAGGAGAGACAUUUAAGGUUCCUUCAAGCUGCCCUAUUGUUACUGUUGAUGGAUAUGUGGACCCUUCUGGAGGAGAUCGCUUUUGCUUGGGUCAACUCUCGAAUGUCCACAGGACAGAAGCCAUUGAAAGAGCAAGGUUGCACAUAGGCAAAGGUGUGCAGCUGGAAUGUAAAGGUGAAGGUGAUGUUUGGGUCAGGUGCCUUAGCGACCAUGCAGUCUUUGUGCAGAGUUACUACUUAGACAGAGAAGCGGGCCGUGCACCUGGAGAUGCUGUUCAUAAGAUCUACCCAAGUGCAUACAUAAAGGUCUUUGACUUGCGCCAGUGUCAUCGGCAGAUGCAGCAGCAGGCGGCCACCGCGCAAGCUGCAGCCGCCGCCCAGGCCGCGGCCGUGGCGGGAAACAUCCCUGGCCCGGGCUCAGUAGGUGGCAUAGCCCCAGCCAUCAGUUUGUCAGCUGCCGCCGGCAUCGGUGUCGAUGACCUUCGCCGUUUAUGCAUACUCAGGAUGAGUUUUGUGAAAGGCUGGGGACCGGAUUACCCAAGACAGAGCAUCAAAGAAACGCCUUGCUGGAUUGAGAUUCACUUACACCGCGCCCUCCAGCUCUUAGACGAAGUGCUUCAUACCAUGCCUAUCGCUGACCCACAGCCUUUAGACUGAGGUCUUUCACUGUUGGGGCCCUUAACAUUGUCAGGAUGGUGGACUAUAAAAUACAAUCCUGUUUAUAAUCUGACGAUAUAUUUCACUUUUGUUCUGCUUUAUCUUUUCAUAAAGGGUUGAAAAGUGUGUUUGCUGCCUUGCUCCUAGCAGACAGAAACUGGAUUAAAACAAUUUUUUUUUCCUACUUAGAACUUCUCAGGCAUGGCUCAGAGCUUGAAGAUCAGGAAAAACACAUUCUUAUUAAAUCUUUACAAGUUAUGUAUGAAGGAAUCAUUCCAGUGCUGGAAAAUUUAGCCCUUUAAAAUGUCUUAGAGCCUUUUAUAUGCAGAACAUCGAUACAUGUGUUAUUCUAUAGAAAAAAUUCAAUAUUGCUGAUUUUAAAGGAGAGAAGUUCUCAAAGUUAAUUCACCUAUGCUAUUUUGUGUGCAAGUUGUUAUUAUUGAACAUACUUUACUCCAAAAUAUUGUGCCAUGUGGGUGAGUUAAUUUUACCAAGAGCAACUUCACUCUGUGUUUAAAAAAUAAGAUAGUGAUGUAUUAUAACCUUUUAUCCAAAAUAUUUUUUUGCAAGUUAAAACUAGUGAAGGCGAUUUUAAUUCAGAUGGUCUUGCAACUUCAAUUUUAUUUUUGCCAAGGCAAAACACUAAUCUGUGUGUAUACUGGGAAUUCCUUAAAAUCACCCACAAAAACAUACCAUUUAAAAUUUACAUUUGUUAUUCCUAUUUGGUAACUAUUUAUCAAGAAAUAUUCUUUUGCCCUGUUAUGCAGUAGAUAUAUUCUUUUAUAUUUCUAGGCACAAGGUUGGUCACUUAGAAGCCUAGAAGAGAAAUUUCUUUCCUUCAUUAAUUCAUAAGGAAAGGUUUUGUAUUUUUAAAAACACUAAAAGCAGUGUCACUCCACCUAAUAUCUCACCAUUCUGCAAAGGUGGCAAUGCUUAAACUGAGUAUUUUGGAAACUGCUAAAUUCUACGUUAAAUACUGUGCAGAAUAAUGGAAACAUUACAGUUCAUAAUAGGUAGUUUGGAUAUUUUUGUACUUGAUUUGAUGUGUGACUUUUUUUUCGUAUACUGUUUAAAUCAUGUAUGUUAUGACAUUGUUUAAAAUUCAGUUUUUGUAUCUUGGGGCAAGACUGCAAACUUUUUUAUACCUUUUGGUUAUUCUAAGCCCUUUGCCAUCAAUGAUCAUAUCGAUUGGCAGUGACUUUGUAUAGAGAAUUUAAGUAGAAAAGUUGCAAAUGUAUUGACUGUACCACAGACACAGUAUGUAUGCUUUUUACUUAGCUAGUAGCCUAAAUAAAACCGAAUCUCAACAUACAAAGUUGAAUUCUAGGUUUUUUUAAGUUUUGUUUUCUUUUGCACUUUUGAGCUCAACCUCAGAAGCAGGAUACCUUCUACUAGAUGACAGGCAGCAGCCGGCACUGUUGGGCGGCUUUGGUUUCCCUCACGCUCUGCCAGGACUUCCCCAUGGACAUUAUGUGUUGAGUGUAGAGUUGGGUUUUUUUUUAAGCGUUUAUUUUACUGGAGCAAAAUAAGUCUGAUUGUCUACAAGGUAAAUAGGUUAUCUACAGGAUGAAUAGUGUGAAAUAAAAACCAAGGAUUAUCUUUCAGAUGCUUUUAGGUUUUGCUUGGAGGGCCUUCUUAGGUGUAGUAAGACUCUCGAAGGAGUGUUACAAGUAUGAGAUUGGAGGAUCACUUAGGCGGAACAGUCACCCUGUACUGGCUGUGAUGACUGAGUCUUCUGCUUCCUGCUCAGAAGGUCGUCUUCGUAAGACCGUCCUAGGAACCACUGAGUUUGCUUAUUGUGAUUUAAACCUAGAUCUGGACCAAGGCUACAUGUCUUUCGAUUUAAAAUACUUUCUCUGCCAGCUCAUUUGAACUCUUGCGUACUUACAGAUCCUUUUUGUUAAAGACAGAAUUUUUUAUCUGUAAAAGUUUGGCGGCUUAUGUUUUUUUGGCAGAUUUAAAAAAAAAGAUUAUCUUCAUUCCCUAGAAAUUGCUGGCUUCAGGUCCAUAUUACUACGAAUGAAGAAUAAGAGUGACAAGAGAGAGUUUUAAAAUCCAGAUUAUUUGAUUAGGAUCGCUAUGAUAUAAUCCGUUGCCUCCUUUUCUCUUUUAAGGAAGGUCUUCAUGUUUUAUCAUCUGGGGAAAGUACGUGAAAAUAUUUGCUAAAAUGUUUAUCUCUGAAACCAAGCCACCUGUCUUGGUUUCUUUCUGCUAAGAGCCAUAAUGUUACUACCAGUAUGUAGAAUUACUUCUAGUUAUUAAUUGCUUUAUAUUUGUACCUAGCUUCAGUCAUAUGCUUUUGAGAAAACAUUUAGUAUGUUAAUGAUCAGUUAUUUCUGAGAGCUUAGUUGUUAAACAGUAUUUCCAUUUCUUAGAGAUAGUCAUCUUUGAUGAGUAAGACUCAAGAAUCACUAGGUUUAAAAUGUUAUGGCUACUUUAGAGUAGAAUAGUUUUCCACAGUUCUCAGAAUCUGAUUAUUUUGAGGAUAUGGUUCUGGGUAGAUUUUCUCCAGCCAUUUCAUAUCUCAAAAUGUAGAACUUCAGUGAAAGCUGAGUGAGGGUUGAACCAAGUACCCGUCUAAUCCAGUACGAGGCCAUUCCACUUUGGUCCAGUGCCUUUCAGUGCGUCAUCAAAGGGAAUCCUUCAUGGGGUUGCCUUUAUUUUCUAGGGAGUAGAUUCUUUUGAGGGACAUAACCUGUCUCAUUUUUCGUAGUGUGCUAUCCCUGGUAUACAAAGAUAAUGGUAAUAAAUCACUGCCAUAUAACUUUGUUUUUCUAGAAGUACUGCCCAUUUGUAUUGACCUGCCUACCAAAUAGGUCUCCUUGUCCCAUUCUUCCUGUAGUCAUUGUAGGCUCACAGGCUGGGUGGUCUUGCUUAAGGAUUACCAUCCUCGAAUUAUCCAAGGAAACUGAACACGUAUUAGCUGUGUUGUAUUUCAAAGUUAAAAAUCCAUUUUUGUAGGGAAGGGUGUGGUGUAAAGGGGAGUAUUUGUAAUAGAAAAUUUGAAGGUAAAAUAAAACAUCUUGUCUUCCAGAUGAUAAACAUCUUACUUUUACAGAUUUAUUGCUGGUAUCUUUUUGACUAUGCCCAUCUGGAGAAGGGAAAUUUCACAUGUUCCCAUUGUGCUCCUCAUGCAUCUGUGGAGGUUAGGGAAUGUAAGGUGAAAUAUUUCAGCCUGUGGUUUGGUGGUAACUGGUUAAUAGUUACUCACUAGCUAUUAUGCAAAAUCAGAUUAGUUCAGGUCUUUUUUAGAGCCUUUUGGAAGAAGCAGGUUUAUUCUGAGUAGUGAGUAGGGCAGAAUCCUCUUUAGUGAUCGUUUCUAUAGUUUUCAUCAUCAUUACGUCAUUUUACUGGCAUUUUAUGUAAUGGUAGCAGAUUGGAAAGAUGAUGAAUUUUAGGUACUGAGGUACGUGAGUAUAUGAAAACAAUUACCUGCAAAAUCACUUAACUUUUUUGUAGAGGGGCUGGGCUAAGACUAGCAGAGAAGAGCAUGAAGAAAUGCUUGCGCUUUUUUCCCCCCGUUUUCAGAGCUCUUUAUUAUACUUUUUCACUUGAUCUUUAUAGUAACUCCGAGAGAGGGGGUUAGAGGGAAGGAAAUGCUUUUUUUCUUUCUAAAGGCAGACCUCACUUGUCACAGAUAGCUAUCUGUAAAUAGUCACCUGAAUUCUUAUUUGCAAAGCUUACAGAAGAGGGGCUUGGAGAGUCUUUUGUGCAAGCCUUUCCCUUUUUUCUGACAACUAGAUCAUUUCUCCUAGGAUGUAUCAGGAAGGAUGUAGAAAGUUAGUGGCCACAUUCACAGAAGCAUCCUCAGCGUGGCCUGGUCCCUAGCACUUGGGCCAGUGCUACCGGACUGUUGACCAUGUUUAUCUGCUGUCACUGUGGAAUGGAAUUUCCCACAUUACCCAGACUUGCCUUAUUUAAGCCUUUUUAUUUUAGCCAUUUUGGGGAUGGAGUUAUUGAUAUGUAUAUCAGAGAACAUACUGGAUACAGUGGUUUUUUAUUUGUGCCUGUCUUUGUAGACGUCAGCGGCUGCUAAGGUUUUGCCUUGAUAAACUAAAUGGUUGCAGACUGCUAUGGUUUUGAAUGUUUACCAUCUUUUUUUCUUUUUUUUUUUACUUCUAAUAGACCACUUUGUACCUCCCCUUAGUAAUUUCUUCUUCCCUUUCUGAUUCAUUUUUCCAAUUGCUUGGGCAAGAAACCCAGAUAACCAGACUUAUCAGAACUACCUUUAAAACACAAGGACAAACUGGGACGGAUCCCAAGAAACUUUUCCUGUGAAGUAUUGAAAAGGCCUUCAGUGCUUUGAUGUCUGACAUUGGUUUGACUGCUUAGAAUGUUUCCUGAUGCUUUGCUGAGUUCAGGUAGCUGAAAUAGGGAGAAGUGGGUCAGAUUCAUAUUUCCCCCUUUGAAAGAUUUUAAAAGGUUUUGUUGUUUUCGCCUCAAUGCUGCUCGUACAAAAACUGGGGUUACAGGGGUUACUAAGUUGUCAGCAGUAGUCAGAGGCAUGCUUGCCUAGAGGAUACCAGCAAAACAAAACAAAAUGAACAACAAAAAACAGACCUUUGGAAAUGACAGGGUUAUUUUUGUUUUGUUUUGGUGUCCCCUUUUGAGUCCUGUCUUCUGGCUUUUCCUCCUCUACAGACAUUUUUAACCUAUAGGUGCCUUUAUGAGAAUUGAGGGUCUGAUAUCCUGCCCUAAGGAGUAGCUAAAGUACUUGCUAAUGUUUUCAGGGAUUUUAACAUCAGACUUGAAUGGAUGAAUGAAUGAAGCGUUUUCUUCCCUCCCCCCCACCACCCCCUCUCCCUCCCUCCCUCUCUCUUUCAUAGGAAGGACUGAGGUGAAGACAAUCAUUUCUCUGUAUUGAUGUGGAUAGUUUUCACAGUGUAUUUCAGAUGCUUUCACAAUAGGUCUCAGAGCCCAUGUUCUCAUUCAGCCUAAACCUAGUGGCUCUGGGCUGGCACCAGGUACACUCUGGUUUGCACUCUGCCACUAAUUUGAUGUAUGACCUUGAGCCGGUCAUUUCCCUUCUCUGGGCCUCAGUUGCCUCAUCUGUAAAAUGAGGGAGUUGGACUAGAUGUAUUCUAGCUCUGAAAUUUAAGUGACCUUGCCUACCUUGCAGCAGUUUUUGAUUUCUUCCUUAGUUCUGCUCUGCUGUUUGAAGGGGCUUUGUACUUAUUUCCAUGUUAUUCAAAUGAGAUUAGGCUUGAUAUUUUAUUACUAUUCUCCUAUGGACAAGAAGUUACAUAAUGUGUCCUUGAGACUUAAUUUAACCAAAGGCCUAGCACCACCUUGCAAUAAAUACUUAGAAAAAAAACUGAGAGGAGGGGAAAAGCCUUCAUUCUAUUUUCCCAUCAUCUAGAUUAAAGGUUUCUUAAGGCUUUUUUUUUUUAAUUUUUGAGGCAUGGCGUUCUGCCUUUUGGGUUGGUAUGUGUGUGACACCAUCCUCUUAAUGCUGUGUGCUGGUAAUGUUUUUUUCCAACUAAAAUGAAUUGAAAAGUUAAUGUAACAGUCUAAUGACAUUAGAGGUCAUUACUUCUGGUCUUUGGUUUCUUAACCUCUUUUAUGUUCAAUACAGGGAAAAUCCUCUGAACCACAUCAAAUAAAAUGGUUCAUAUGAUAGAAGAAAACAAUACCAGUGAAUGAUCAUUCACUUUAUUCUUGGCUCUUUUUGGGUCCAUUUUGAUUAGAAUACUUUGGGGUAGAGCAUUUCUUUCAGAGUACUUUUCUGGCCUAUUCUUGGAUGAAUAUCAUUAGUGAACUUGUCUUUUUCAAGGACCUUGAGAGCCUUCCUUGGGGGUGGGUCCAGGGUGGGGGGUUGGGGAGUCCUGGUAGAGGCCAGCUCUGUGACAGCUGGAGAGGAGGGAGGAAACCAGCUGCUGUUGCCAUGGCUGCGUGUCACUGAUAGAAGGACUCCCGGGCUUAGGUUGGUUGAAAGGCUAAACACGGAGUUGACAGACUUCCUCCAGAUAGUGGGUUCUGGCCAAUGCCUUGGACAUGUGAUUUAAGGGAAACGUGGGGAUGCUUAUAGAUGAUCCAAACCGGGUGGGCCACUGAACCACUGGAGGAAGUGACUGGGGGGUGGGGACCGAUUCAGUCGCGGUAUUUCCCCAUGCUGCCUCCUCCCCUACAACCAGAGGAAUGCAGCUAAGCCAAAACCCAGAGAAGAGCCACACUUAGCCUCUGCUUUUGGGAAAACUGGUCAGCUGAAGCUCCCGUCGCUCCUUCGCGGCUUUCUGUAUGCUUUUGCCUGGUUGAAGUCUGUGGCUAAGAAAUAGUUGAACCUUUCCUGAGAACUCUGUAACAAAGUAUGUUUUUGAUUAAAAGAGAAAGCCAAUUAAA